GGCUCGGGCCGGCGGAGCGCCGUGCCCAUUUAAGGAGGCGGACCGUACCACCAGAACUUUCUUGGCAGGGGGUAUUCGGGCGAACUCCGGCAACUUUCAGGGAGCCGACAUACGAUUUCGCUUCUCUUCCGACGCCGGCCCGAGCUCUGGUGCCGCUCGCUGGGAGCUGUGCGCUGGUGGGCUGUGGCCGUGGGCUUCUCCGGUUUCCCUUCAUGCGAAAUCGCCCCGAGGGAUUUCGCUGGCUCUGCACUCGGACGCGACGUUCCCCGAGCUGGUCCAAAGUGUAGUUCGCCUGCAGAGGCCCCAGUGCCCGGAUGUCCAUCAGGCUUAGUGGGAGCCAAUAAGGCCGGAGCCCGAGGCUGCACUGAGGACGCCCGGGCUCGGGAGCAGGUAGUCCGGUAACGCCGGGGAGUCGCGCUGGGGAGACCGUCCCCGCCCGGCCCCAGCAAAUGGUGAGCGCGGCGCUGGCGGAAGGGCCGCGGGUUGAAGGCUCCGAUGGACAGAAGUCCUUGAGCUCUGAAAACUGAAUGAUGGCAGCCCAGUCAAGCUUGUACAAUGAAGACAGAAACCUGCUUCGAAUUAGAGAGAAGGAAAGACGCAACCAGGAAGCUCACCAAGAGAAAGAGGCCUUUCCUGAAAAGAUCCCCCUUUUUGGAGAGCCAUAUAAGACAGAAAAAGGUGAUGAGCUAUCCAGUCGAAUACAGAACAUGUUGGGAAACUAUGAAGAAGUGAAGGAGUUCCUUAGUACCAAGUCCCACCCUCAUCACUUGGAUGCUUCUGAAAGUAGGUUGGGAAAGCCAAGAUAUCCUUUAUUUCCUGAGAAGGGGAGCAGCGUUCCACCCCACUCCUUCCACACUAGUGCCCACCACCAGCCUGUUAACACUCCUGCCUCUGGACCACUUCCUGUUGGUAACAUUAGCCACAAUCCAAAGAUGGCACAGCCAAGAAUGGAACCAAUGUCAAAUCCUCAUGUCAAAAGCUAUGGCCCACCAGACAGCCAGCACCUGACCCAAGAUCGCCUCAGUCAGGAGGGUUGCGGCUCCAGUCAUCACAAAAAGGGUGAGCGCAGAGCUGAUGGAGACCGCUGUGCUCUGGUGACAGGCUUGGCUCCAGAGAGGGAGCUUGCUCCCUUACUCUGCUUGCCUUCUCCAGUUCCCCCACUGUCACCUGUACAUUCCAACCAGCAAACUCUUCCCAGGACACAAGGAAGCAGCAAGGUUCACAGCAGUAACAGUAACAGCAAAGGCUAUUGCCCGGCCAAAUCUCCCAAAGACCUCGUGGUAAAGGCCCACGAUAAAGAGACUCCUCAAGACAGUUUAGUGGCAGUUGCCAGCCUUGGCGUGGCCCCUCCCCAGCCACCUUCUCAGACUUUCCCCCCACCUUCCCUCCCCUCAAAAACUGUUGCAAUGCAGCAGAAGCCCACGGCUUAUGUCCGGCCCAUGGAUGGUCAAGAUCAGGCUCCUAGUGAGUCUCCUGAACUGAAGCCACUGCCGGAAGACUACCGGCAACAGACCUUUGAAAAAAUAGACUUAAAAGUGCCUGCCAAAGCCAAGCUCACCAAGCUGAAGAUGCCAUCUCAGUCAACUGAGCAGACCUACUCCAAUGAAGUUCAUUGUGUUGAAGAGAUUCUGAAGGAAAUGACCCACUCAUGGCCGCCUCCUUUGACAGCAAUACACACGCCUAGUACAGCUGAGCCCUCCAAAUUUCCUUUUCCCACAAAGGAUUCUCAGCACAUCAGUUCUGCAACCCAAAACCAAAAACAAUAUGAUACAUCUUCAAAAAUCCACACUAAUUCUCAGCAAGGGACAUCCAUGCUUGAAGAUGACCUUCAGCUCAGUGACAGUGAGGACAGUGACAACGAACAAAGCCCAGAGAAGCCUCCUCCUGCAUCUGCACCUCCAAGUGCCCCGCAGUCGCUUCCAGCAGCAGCGGCCUCAGCACAUUCCAGCAGUGCCGAGUCAGAGAGCACCAGUGACUCAGACAGCUCCUCGGACUCGGAGAGUGAGAGCAGCUCAAGUGACAGCGAAGAGAAUGAGCCCCUAGAAACUCCGGCUCCUGAGCCUGAGCCUCCCACAACGAACAAAUGGCAGCUGGACAACUGGCUGACCAAAGUCAGCCAGCCCACAGUGCCCCCAGACGCGCAGGGGAACGCAGAGCCCCCGUCUCGGCACCCGGACAGUAAGGGCAAGGGUGGGGGCGACAGCAGCGGCCCCACCGCCAGUCACGGUCAGGAGCGCACGGAAUCCAAAGAUCCUCCCCUCAAAACCUCCAGCAAAGCCCCUCGGGGCUCCUCUGAAGGCCCCCACACCGGCAAGAGAAGCUGUCAGAAGUCCCCCGCGCAGCAGGAGCCCCUGCAGAGGCAGACCGUUGGAACCAAACAACCCAAGAAGCCUGUCAAGGCCUCGGCCCAGGCAGACCUACGGGCCGGCCUGCAGGUGGAAAGUGAGCCAGGACCCCCUCCAUAUGGCUCCAAAGACCAGCCUUCCAAAGACAAGCCCAAGGUGAAGACGAAAGGGAGGCCCCGUGCCGGAGACAGCAGAGAGCCCAAGUCCGCGGCGCCCAGCCCCAGCGAGCGCAAGAAGCACAGGAGCGGGCCGCUGGCCCCCUCAAAGGCACUCUCGGGCCCGGAGCCCACGAAGGACAAUGCGGGGGCCAGGAGCCCCGAGCACUUUGCCCUGGUUCCCCUGACGCAAAGCCAGGGCCCGCCUCAUGGCAGCGGUGGCGGUGGCAGCAGCGGCAGGACUAGUGGCUGCCGGCGCGCUGUGGUCGUCCAGGAGGACCGCAGGAAGGACAAGCUCCCAGGACCUGGGAGAGACCCCAAGCUGCUGUCCCCACUCAGGGACACUCCUCCCCCACCAAUCUUGAUGGUGAAGAUAACCCUGGACCUUCUUUCUCGGAUACCCCAGCUUCCUGCCAAGGGGGGCCGUCUGAGGAAACCCGAGGACAAGCAGCCCCCCGCAGGGAAGAAGCUGGAGUCGGAGAAGAGAGGCGCAGACAAUUCAAGCAAGUUGGCCAAAAAAAGAAAGGCUGAAGCAGAGAAAGACCUUGAUAGCAAGAAAGCCAGACCGGAGAAAGAAACCAAGUCACAGUCAUCAUCUUCAUCCUCCCACAAAGAAUCUUCUAAAACAAAAACAUCCAGGCCCGCCUCUGAGCCCUCAAAGAAGGAAGCGCUUCCACCCCCAUCUGCGUCAUCCUCCUCUUCCUCUUCCUCUUCCUCCUCCUCCCAGAAGCCAGCCAAGCCUGCACAAAAGAGGCCAAAGCGGGAAGCCGACCCCUGCAGCCAGGACCCUCCCCAAAGUGCCAGUAGUAGCAAGGGCAGCCACAAAGACUCUUCUGCUCCCAAGCACAGAAAAGUAGAGGGGAAGGGAUCUGGAAGCUGUCAGGAGCACAAAGGGUCUUCUGGAGAUACUGCAUAUCCUUUUCUAGUGCCUUCUUUGCCAAAUGGUAACUCUAAACCAGGGAAGCCUCCGGUGAAGCUUGACAGACAACAAGCAGAUUUUCACAUGAAGGAGGCCAAAAAGUUGAAGCAGAAAGCAGAAUUAAUGACGGACAAGGUUGGGAAGGCUUUUAAGUACUUGGAGGCCGCCUUGUCCCUUAUUGAGUGCGGGAUUGCCAUGGAGUCAGAGAGCCCGGCGUGCAAGUCGGCUUACUCGGUGUACGCAGAAAGCGUGGACCUCAUUAAAUUUAUAAUGUCAUUAAAAUCCUUCUCAGACGCCUCAGCUCCACAAGAGAAAAUAUUUGCUGUUUUAUGCAUGCGUUGCCAGUCCAUUUUGAACAUGGCGAUGUUUCGUUGUAAAAAAGAUACAGCAAUAAAGUAUUCUCGUGCUCUUAACGAACACUUCAGCAGUCUUUUCAAAGUUGCCCAGGCGCCUUCUCCAUGCGUUGCAAGAACCACAGGCACACCGUCCCCUCUCUCUCCAAUGCCUUCUCCUGCUGGCUCUGUCGGGUCCCAGCCAAGUGCUGGCAGCGUAGGGAGCAGCGGCAUGCCUGUCACCAUUCAGAACAUGACAUCUUCAUAUGUCACCAUUACUUCCCAUGUCCUUACCGCCUUCGAUCUUUGGGAGCAGGCUGAAGUCCUUACAAGGAAGAAUAAAGAAUUUUUUGCUCAGCUCAGCACAAGUGUGUGUGCCUUGGCCCUCAACAGCAGUUUGAUGGAUCUGGUGCACUAUACAAGACAGGGUUUUCAGCGGCUAAAGCAAGCAACCAAAACACCUUAACGGAGGCCCAAGUUGAUUUGAUGGCUUGGGGACUUUUUUGCACAUUAAAAGCCUCAAAAACAGUUCAGACGUUUGUCUCAUCAAGACACCAAAUUCGAGAAGAGAAGCACCAUGAGAUGGCCAGAACAUUUGUCCACUCAAACUUUCAAGAACUUACGUGAUCGUUGGUUGGACAUGGUGGUUAUGCAGAAGCAGAAAGGAGGAGGCUGGCCUCAGAGAUGAUCUUGCCUUUCCUAACUAAAGGACAGAAGUGCAAUGUAGACUGAGUGGGCGUGUGAGUGGUCUAGAAACAUUUCCGUACUUUUUUUAACCAGCAGGAUGCAAACGGCAGAUGAAAUGAGGAGAAGCAGUUUCAGUUCUGAGAGCACGUUCCUGUCACCUCAGUAGCCACCCUAGUCUAGUCUCAGAAGGAAAUUUUUUAAACAAUGAAUUUUGGUGUAGGGUUCUGUGGAUGAUUUUUUUUCUUUUUAAGUUUUGGGGGAAAUAUUUGUUUAGUAAAUUUUGACGGUCAUCUAUAAAGCUAAGUUGUGAAGGACUCCAGUGUACCCCACUUUCUGCCUGUGAACAGUGGCUUUGAUAAUACCAAGUAUUGUCACAAUUUAUGAAAUCGAAGGCAACUCCCCCUCCCCACCCCGCUCCCCCAUUGCCUGGAGUACCAUGCGUUCACCCCAGUUCUGAUUUGUCCGUCACUGCUGGGAGCGUAAGUCGGAGCAGUGGAGGGAGGAGCUGCCGCCCACGGGGAAGCCAUCUUGAGCUCGCACGUACAAUGGAGGAUGUGGUGCUGCGGUCCCUACCCCCUGCUUCAGCGAAAGGCAGUCACCGUUGACUAUAUUCUGAAUUUUCUACCUUGGGGAAGAAGGGAACCAACAUUUAUACCAGACCAGAUGGCUAAAGUGCUUUUUAAUUUUUGUUUAAGUAGAGCUGGAAUUUGAGGUGCUGAUCUGUGGUGUACAGUUAUGUGGUAACUCAUGUUGUCUAACCAACUCACAAUUUUGUCAGCAAACAAAAAUGAAAUCUACUUCUUAGAGAGGCUAUAUUUUUCUGCUACAGAUUAUUUUAUAUUUAUAGCAAAAAGUAGACUUUUUGAGCCCUUGAUUGUCUAGGGUAAAUUAACUUCCUGAGAGGAUAUGGAGAUUUGGGUGGUUAAUUAGACUUAAAAAAAAAA